AUGCGAAUUAUAAUAAUACCGGUCACAAUAAUAACAAAUAAUAAUAAUAGUAGUAGUAGUGGUGGUGGUAGUAGUAGUGGUGGUGGUAGUAGUGGUAGUGGUCGUAGUAGUGGUAGUGGUGGUAGUAGUGGUAGUGGUAGUGGUGGUAGUGGUGGUGGUAGUGGUGGUAGUGGUAGUGGUGGUAGUAGUGGUAGUGGUAGUCGUAGUGGUAGUGGUAGUGGUAGUAGUAGUAGUGGUAGUAGUAGUAGUGGUAGUAGUAGUGGUAGUAGUGGUAGUAGUGGUAGUAGUCGUAGUAGUGGUAGUAGUAGUAGUAGUGGUCGUGGUAGUCGUCGUAGUAGUGGUAGUAGUAGUGGUAGUAGUGGUAGUAGUAGUGGUAGUAGUGGUAGUAGUGGUCGUAGUAGUAGUAGUAGUCGUAGUAGUAGUAGUAGUAGUCGUAGUAGUCGUAGUAGUAGUAGUAGUAGUCGUAGUAGUGGUAGUAGUGGUAGUCGUAGUAGUAGUAGUAGUCGUAGUCGUAGUAGUCGUAGUCGUAGUAGUAGUCGUAGUAGUAGUAGUAGUUUUGCCAACAAUACUAGAAGCGUAAAUAGAUAUUUCGGAGGAAAGGUGGGACAAAAUUGGGUGUCAACAGCACUUCCCGCUACUUGGGAUGAAUUUGUUUAUGCCUUCAUUGACCACUUCAUGCCAAUUGAGGUCAGGGAAGCAAAAGCUAUGGAGUUUGAGAGGCUAAGGCAGAAUAACAUGACUGUUCAGGAAUAUUAUCUCAAAUUUAUGUCGUUGUCCAGAAAUGCUCUCCAUAUGGUUCCCGAUAUGGGAGCCGUGGUUAGAAAGUUUGUGCUUGGGCUUAAACCCGAAUUGCACAGGGAUGCUAAUACGGCUGCUCAAAAUGAUAAGAUAACUAUUUCUAAGUUGUUAGCAUUUGUGCAAGGUAAUGAGGAGAAACUAAAGGAAGAAAAAACGCGCAAAGCGAAGGAUAGGGGAAUUCAGCAAGAGGGCCAAGUCUUCAGGUCAGCAGGACCCGCUCCAUCCGCAGCCAGUGCCCCAGCCCCAAAGUUCAGGAAUGAUCAGAAGAAACAGAAUUUCAGACCAGCAGGUUCCUACUCUCAGGCUAGUGUGGGUCAGCAGGCCUAUACUAAUCCGGUUUGCGGCAAGUGUGGUAAGAGACACCCAGCAGCUCCUCGUAACAAUCAGGCCCAUCAGGGGCGUGGAGCAGCAAAGUCCGGCAAUACGGGCAGCGGUCAAAAUCGUUUGUAUGCAUUGGCAGGUCGUCAAGAUAUAGAGGCACGUGGAGAUGUGGUCAUAGAGGUCUUUCUAGAUGACCUACCCGGAGUUCCUCUCGAUAGGGAGAUUGACUUUGGAAUCGAUCUACUUCCUGAAACUAAGCCGAUAUCUAUUCCGCCAUAUAGAGUGGCUCCAGAAGAGUUGAAAGAAUUAAAAGUUCAUUUGAAAGAUCAUCUUGACAAAGGAUUUAUUCAACCAACUGUCUCGCCUUGGGGCGCACCGGUCUUGUUCGUCCGAAAUAAAGAUGGUUCUCUACGCAUGUGUAUUUACUACCGCCAGUUGAAUAAAGUCACCAUUAAGAACAAGUAUCAUCUUGCUAUAAUAGAUGAUUUAUUUGACCAACUUCAGGGUGCCCAGUGCUAUUCUAAGAUUGACCUCAGAUCAGGUGAUAGCGUGAAAGUCAAUUUUCAGAAAAUAGACGCUGUGAAGAAUUGGGCCAGACACACUUCACCAUCAGAUAUCAGAAGUUUCUUGGGUCUGGCAGGCUAUUACAGACAUUUUGUUGAGGGUUAUCAUGCUAGCAUCAUGAUGGCACCGUUCGAAGCUCUUUAUGAGAGAAGAUGUAGAUCACCCAUUGGGUGGUUUGAAGUUGGUGAAGCAGAGUUGUUAGGGCUAGACUUGGUCUACCAGGCUAUGGAGAAAGUCAAGUUAAUUCAAGAGCGUCUGAAAACGGCUUAG